UGAUCCAAUCCUAGGAUGCAUUUAGUGGCUGCAAUCCCAGUUAUUUACUCAGGAUAUAGUUGCAAGCAAGGAUGGUUCUUCACACCGUGCAGCAGUGAUCCAAGUUUGAGGGGACUGAAGAACAUUCUGAGGAUACACAUAAAGAAGGUCAAUUGUUCAGACUGGGAGCAAAUCCCUAUCCCAGCUAGUGUUAGAUCUGUAGUUGCCCUAAAUCUUCCUAGUUAUGGAAGUGGAAGAAACCCAUGGGGAAAUUUGAAGCCAGACUAUUUGGAAAAGAAAGGCUUCGUUGAAGCGCAUGCUGAUGAUGGUUUGCUAGAAAUUUUUGGUCUGAAGCAUGGAUGGCAUGCUUCAAUGGUUAUGGCUGAAGUGAUCUCUGCCAAACACAUUGCACAGGCUUCAGCUAUUCGUUUUGAGCUCAGAGGGGGAGAAUGGAAAGAAGCUUUCAUGCAGAUGGAUGGUGAGCCAUGGAAACAGCCAAUAAACAAGGAUUUUUCGACAUUUGUUGAAAUGAAGAGGGUACCUUUUCAGUCAGUUAUGGUUCAUGGAGACUAAAUUCAACAGCUCCUCUGGUUUUCUGGACAACUAUGAAUGACAUUGCGAGAGCUUGUCUGCCUGUGAUUAUUGUAAAUCUUUUUUUUCCCUUUGAACCUAAUGUUAUAAAGUUUACUGCCUUGGCUAUUUGUGUACAAACACCGCAGUUUUCAACCCUUGUAACUAAAGUCCCCGUUGCACGCUUGUUUGUCUGCAACAGUUUCACAUUUGCAUUAGACUUUGUAAUAUUAUAAUUUCAUCAAAGAAUUGCAAAGUUCUUGCUUUACUUCAUAAA